CUCCGUGGCUUUGGUUGCUGGGGAAAUCGUUAGUUCCACCCACCGUUUGUUUUUCGAUUCGGUCGCUCCCCCUUAUCCCCUCCUCCUCCUCCCCCAUGGCCACCGUCGCGACAACUCCGGCCACCGUCGCCAGAGCCCCGCCGCGGGCGGCCGCCUCCGCCGCGUCGUCGUCGGCGCCCGCGGCGAGGGCCCGCGUCUCGUUCAGGAGGCGGAGCUUCGCGCAGGCUCGCGUCGGCUCCGUUGCUUUCUCCUCCGGCGUUUCUGCCCUCCGGUUGGCCGGUUUCGUGCCCUCCGCCGCCGCCGCCGGCGAUGCAGAAGCCAUCGAGACCGAGGAGGAGGUCCUGGAACCGCAGGUCGAGGAUGACGCUGAUGGUGCUGUUGUCUCAGAAGAUGGUGCUGUCGCUGAUGAAGUUACUGAUACUGAAGAAAAAGCUGCUUCGGCUGUUUUAUUAUCACUUCAAUCCUAUAAAGAAGCUCUAGCAAGUAACGAUGAAUCAAAGGUUGCUGAAAUUGAAGCUUUCUUAAAAUCCAUUGAGGAUGAGAAAACCGCUCUUGAAAGUAAGGUGGCUCGUUUGUCUGCUGAAUUGUCUGUAGAGAAGGAUCGCAUUCUCAGGAUUGGUGCAGACUUUGAAAAUUUUAGAAAGAGGACUGAUCGAGAACGUCUUUCGCUGGUAACAAAUGCCCAAGGAGAAGUAGUAGAGAAUCUAUUGCCUGUCUUGGAUAACUUUGAGAGAGCUAAAUCACAGAUUAAAGUGGAGACCGAGGGAGAAGAGAAGAUAAACAAUAGCUAUCAGGGCAUAUAUAAGCAGUUCAUAGAAAUUCUCGGUUCACUUGGUGUUGUUCCUGUGGAGACAGUUGGGAUUCCUUUUGAUCCACUACUGCACGAGGCAAUUAUGCGCGAGGAGUCUACAGAAUACGAAGAAGGCAUCAUCCUUCAAGAAUUUCGCAAGGGGUUUAAACUUGGCGAACGACUAUUGCGUCCGUCAAUGGUGAAGGUAUCAGCUGGUCCAGGGCCUGCAAAGCCAGAAGCAGCUCCGGCUUCUGAAGGAGAGUCAAAUGACGCGGAAGAAGUCCCAUUGGAAAGCAGUGCGGAAACAGAGUCUGGCUAAGUGGUGACAGACGUAUUUUGUCUUCAAUUUUGACAUGGAGCAGCAAGUGCAAUGAUUUUCUCAGCUUCAAUGGUAGGAAUAGUUUUUUGGGGAUGCCAACAUCUGAGUACAGGUGCUGUUGUUCUUUUGUUGUAUUUCUAAUGGAGGAGCUACACUGGUUUCGAGCAACGGAAGUCGCCGGGAAGCAGUUUCCUUACGCAUGCAAUUAUGAAUUUUUUUGUCAGAUCUUCUGUAAUACGACCAGGUGAAAGUUGUUUAGAGAAGGUAAACUCCUUUACCACAAUUUUCCAUUUGUUUAUUCAGGUUGACAAGGAAGGACUGAUCUUUGUUAUA